AUGACCAAUAAUGAUUUGGCUCUGAAAGCAAAUUUGGAUGGGGCUGAUCUUUUAAUUUUUCCAUCAAAUGUUCUGCCUAAGGAAAGCCGGUGUUCGAGUAAUUUGUUGUUCUUCUGGGGUGUAUUCAAAGAACGAAAGGCGAAUAACUCCACAAACUCAAACACACAGAUCUCAAAUGCUCUAGAGUCAGCAAAUGGAGACACGAAGAAAUAUCGGUCAUUCAAUCUGAAUGCUGUCCCAGAAGGUGUAGAUGAUGAAACAGAAGAAGCUGAAAUUCUUGGAAGUGACAGCAAAAGUGGUACUAGAAAUGUUGAAAAAUCUGAAAAGGAUAUGAAGAACACUCAACAUUGUUCACAGUUCGCCGCGCCUGCCUGCUUCACUGAUGGGCCUGGUUCUGCCUCAACUGCUGCACCUGCCUCCUUCGCUGAUGCGCCUGGUUCUGUCUCCACUGCUGCGCCUGCCUCUGUUGUACCUCCCAACGUUCAUCUUCAUCGUACAGGACAGGAGCGCAACACAGACAGUGAAAAGCAAAUCGUUCAAGUAAACUCCAAAAAAGAGUUUACAUCUGGUCAUAUGAGAGACGCACUUUCAGGGCGGGUUCAAACAUCUUUGGCAAAGGCAGAGAGGUACAUGGAUACGACGAAGGUGGAGGCUUCUUCAUAUGCAGCAUCAAAUUAUUCUCUUACCAAAUGUGUGACUGCUCUUGAAGAGAUACCAGAUAUUUCAGAUGACAUCUAUGGAAAAGCCUUAAAAAAGUUCAAGGACCCUGAUUGGAGGGAAAUGUUUAUUGCUAUGUCUGAUGACAGGAAACGUGGAUGGCUACUCAGACUAUAA